GUUCGCUCGGAUCGAUCAUGGAACGGCAACCGUUAGUUAAGCAUAAGAGAACCUAAACGGAGUAAUGAAUUGAAGCAAGUCCUGUAUAUUUUGGAUGCACUUCACUUAGCUGGCGGGACAUCUGUCCUGGUCGAGGCUGUUAUCAGGUACUGAGCCAGAUGAUGCACUACGUCACGGCUUGGCUGUCAAGGUUCAGGUACUUGCUACAUGCCUGACGGAUAGUGGUGGUGCUGUUGCCAUCCAAUUAUUCCGGAGCAUAUUCAGGCUUUGCGUCACAACCCAAACCCCGGAAACGUGCAUUGCGAAAAAUCAGCGGAAUAGGCACUUUCCUGGAGCGCCAGGUUGUUUCAAGCAUACACUAGAUAACCAUGCGGCCAUUUUUCAUAACCGUUGGGCUUACUCUGGGUGCAACGGUGUCGUCCCAGCUCGUAGUACCCCUCGUCCGGAGCGCUUCGAUCAACCAGUUGUCCGGCCACGGCCAAGUACCCCUAAUGGACCCGAAUGGGCCGGGGCCAGUGGUGCCUCCUUCCGAUGCUGCCCCGGCUGAGUCGCCUUCAGGCGGUGUCGUGCUAUCCGAUGUGAUGGGUCGAGACAGGAGCAUCAAUCUUUUCGCAGGUUUCGUGAGAGACAUAGAGUCCGCAUCCCGUCGUCUUGACGACCCAUCCCUGAACACCACUGUACUCGCUCCACUCAAUUCUGCAAUCGAGAAACUGCCUAGGAAGCCCUGGGAGGAGCCUAGUGAUUACGAUGCCCUGGGGUCCAAUGCGUACGAGGGCGGGGAUGGUCAGGAGAGAGCGCAGCGCAACCUCCGGAGGUUCGUGGAGGCACAUCUAAUACCGGCAAACCCCUGGCCCCAGGGUAAGAAAUUGAGACCUAUCGGGGGCGACCAAGAGAUCUGGUGGGAAGAGAAAGAUGGGACUCGCAUGAUCCAGCCGGGGGCUGUCGAAGUGGCCAGCGUCGCAAGUACCGUCGCUAAUGGUGAAGUGUGGAUCAUAAAAGCCGUGCGUAAUUAUACCUAAGAGAACAAGAACCUAGGUAAGCCGGAAGGAAGUUUGUUUGGAUGCAUCAAGAUCACCUCCUUAUGACUUGAUGACACAGGAGGCUAAGGGGAACAAACCUGUCUGCGUGGUGACUAUCGAGUACCUAGCAGGCCAUUCAGAUAUAGGAAUUCGAGAGGGUGCGCAAGUUAGAACGGUGUUGCAGCACCGGAAUGGGAUCGAAGCUUGCCCAUAUCAUCUUGGAUAAUUCUGGUCCAAAAGGGUUUCGUGAAAUAUAGGAAAAAGAGACCGACAGAGCUGCCGGCGGCCG